UCUCUUUCAUCCCAACAAACCACCCACACUCCCACACUCCCGCACGCUACAGCGUCUUCAAGUGAUGGAUCAUAUAAUCCGUCUUCAUAUUUUCAUUGGCGAAUACUGGUGGCUCCCAGUUCAUCAGAGCUUGCUGUAGGAGCGCAAGCUCUUGCUCAGUCAGGACAUGGCAGAAGAUUUUGCUUUGCACGUCCAGAGCAUGUAGUACUACUUCGUACUGCCCCGACGAGCACCGCGAGGCUGCAAUGCUCUCGUGAUCCGAGUUUGCAGCUACUCGGGCUCGUAGGAUAGAUUGAAAUACACUAUCCAGUUCGCUUCGCCUCGCGGCAAGCUCGGCUUGAUGUGCAGUACUGGUGUUAAUGAGCUCUUGCUCGCGCUGACUGAGCUCUUGCUCGCGCUGACUGAGUCGCAGCUCGCGCUGCUGAGUGAGUACGAGCUGCGACUUAGUGAGCGACUGAAUGAGCGCGAGCAGCGACUUAGUGAGCGCGAGCAAGACCUAAUUGAAAACAUUACCGCACAACAAGCCGAGCUUGUCGCGAGGCGAAGCGAGCUGGAUAGUGUAUUUCAAUCUAUCCUACGAGCCCGAGUAGCUGCAAGCUCGGAUCACGAGAGCAUUGCAGCCUCGCGGUGCUCGUCGGGGCAGUACGAAGCAGUACUGCAUGCUCUGGACGUGGCAAGCAGGAUCUUCUGCCAUGUCCUGACUGAGCAAGAGCUUGCGCUCCUACAGCAAGCUCUGAUGAACUGGGAGCCACCAGUAUUCGCUACUGAAAAUAUGAAGACGGAUUAUAUGAUUAACUACUUGAAUGCCAAUGGGUGGGCAGCGCCCGGCCUGGCAUUCAUAUCUAUGAGGUCGCACAGGCUACGAGUCGCAGUCCAGAACGCAGAGCCCCCGCUUGUCCUGACGUGUGCGUCCGACAUUGGCCUUGUGCCUUUUUUAUCUGCAGCGCACCUCUCAGCCUGA